AAGAGAAAAAAAUGAUAGGCUUUUCCGGUCUCAAAACUGCUGGUUCCUUCUUCUUCUGCUUCGUCUGCCACUCGUCUCGCUAAGGAAGCAUUAACCAAAGCCUUGCCCCAGAUUCCACUCGUCUUCUUCUCAUUUUUCCUUUCAAUCUCUGCUACAAUGGCGACCUAGAACUCUCUCGUCUCUUUGUUUCUUUCUGCAGAAAUGGAUUGCUCUUGAGCGCUGCCGAAAUGUGUGAUACGCAUCGAUUUCAACUUCGUCUCUUUGGGUUUUGUUGGUUUCGGAUUCAAUUAUCGCGGUGAUGCUUUUGUUCAAUCGGUUUUCCUCACCGUCUGUCCGUCGAUUUCGUUGAAGAUUUGUGUAGUUUUAGUUGUUUUCAGUAAUGGUGUCUGCUAAUGACCCUAUCGAAUCUUUUUUCAACUCGAUUCAAGUUGUUAAAGAAGCGCUUUCGCCAGUCGAAUUGGGCUUCCGAAAAGUAGCGAAAGAUCUUGAGUAUCGUCUCCCCGGGCAUAGGAAUGAGGACAAUUUCAUAAGAUUUAUUUUGCGACCUAAGGAUGAGGAUACGCAGAACGAAGGUGUGAUCUAUGAUACGAAGAAGGUGAGUCCCUGUGUCGUUGGGGAUAAACGGAAGCAAGGUACAAACGUUCCAGUAAAGGCUUUCUUGGGAAACUUCUCGCUGAAGCCAGUAAAUUUGGAGGCUUCCGAGAGUGCAUUGGAAGAGGAAGAUUUUGCUAAGGAGGAGGCCUCUUGUGGGAAGUGCUUUCAGUUUGCUGUCUCUUGGUCUUUCUUGGUUAACAAUGUUGUUCGAGCACUUCCCCGCCCUUUUAAGACAAUUAAGAAACGAUUACAGAAAACGGAUGAGGAAGAAAGGGUAGGUUUGUGCACGAAGCAAAAAGUUUCACGUGAUUCAAAACAAAGGCAGAAGGAGAAGCAGCAUACUAAAUCAUUUCAGGAAAGCUUGAGGCACGAUGAAGGAAAACAUGUGCCAUUUGAGUGCUUAAUAGGUUUUGUUUUUUAUCAGUUGACACAGAAUCUUCAGAAGUUUGAUCUUGAGGAAGAAGGAAAUGUUGAUAAGAGCUAUGAUACUUCCUCACCGUCACCAUUGGCCCCUCAGAUUGAUCAUUUCAAGGCUGUGGCAAGCAUUUGGGAAGGUCGAAAAGCAGAAGUAAAUGGGUUUUUGGGGAACUUGAGGUUUGCAAGAGUUGGAGGUGUUCCAUCAGGCAUAGUGGGAGUCAGUUCUUCUGUGAACGAGGGGGAUGAUGGUGUGUCUUCUGAGAAUAGGGAAGAAACUAGUGGCAUUUCACCACAGAAACUAGCGAGUGGCAUCCUAAGCAUUCCUCUCUCUAAUGUUGAGCGCUUGAGAUCCACAUUAUCUACUGUGUCAUUGACCGAGCUCAUUGAGCUUUUACCACAAGUAGGGCGGUCUUCUAAAGAUCAUCCAGACAAGAAGAAAUUGAUCUCAGUUCAGGACUUCUUCAGAUACACAGAGGCUGAAGGAAGGAGGUUCUUUGAAGAGCUGGAUAGGGAUGGUGAUGGCCAAGUGACUAUGGAGGAUCUUGAAAUUGCCAUUAGAAAGAGAAAAUUGCCCAAACGAUAUGCUCGAGAGUUCAUGAAUCGCACUAGAAGUCACAUAUUCUCGAAGUCAUUUGGUUGGAAGCAAUUUUUGUCUUUCAUGGAACAGAAGGAACCAACCAUUCUACGUGCAUAUACUACUCUCUGUCUGAGCAAGUCAGGGACUUUGCAAAAAAGUGAAAUAUUGGCAUCGCUUAAGAAUGCUGGGCUCCCUGCUAAUGAAGACAAUGCUGUUGCUAUGAUGCGAUUUCUGAAUGCAGACACUGAGGAAUCUAUCUCAUAUGGACAUUUCCGAAACUUUAUGCUGCUUCUUCCUUCAGAUCGACUGCAAGAAGAUCCACGGAGUAUCUGGUUUGAAGCUGCUACAGUUGUUGCUGUUCCACCACCUGUGGAAAUACCUGCUGGCAGCGUUCUAAGAUCUGCAUUGGCUGGGGGUCUUUCUUGUGCUCUGUCUACUUCUUUAAUGUUCCCAGUCGAUACAAUUAAGACUCGCGUACAGGCAUCAACAUCAACUUUCCCUGAAGUCAUAUCCAGGAUUCCACAAAUUGGUGUGCGAGGUCUAUACCGAGGUUCAAUUCCUGCCAUUCUAGGACAGUUUUCAAGUCAUGGUUUGCGAACUGGAAUAUUUGAAGCAACGAAACUUCUUUUGAUAAAUGUAGCUCCAACACUCCCAGACAUACAGGUCCAAUCCCUUGCAUCGUUCUGGAGUACAUUUUUGGGGACUGCAGUGCGGAUCCCAUGUGAGGUAUUGAAGCAGAGGUUGCAGGCGGGACUCUUUGACAAUGUAGGUCAGGCAAUUUUGGGGACUUGGAAACAAGAUGGCCUUAAGGGAUUCUUCCGUGGGACCGGUGCCACUCUUUGUAGAGAAGUUCCAUUCUAUGUUGCCGGCAUGGGACUUUAUGCUGAAUCGAAAAAGGCUGUUCAGAAACUUCUUUCACGGGAGCUUGAGCCAUGGGAAACAAUUGCGGUUGGGGCAUUGUCGGGCGGGCUAGCUGCUGUUGUUACAACACCUUUUGAUGUGAUGAAGACAAGAAUGAUGACAGCUCAAGGUCGAUCAGUUGCAAUGUCAUUUGUUUUCAUUUCAAUUCUUCGCCACGAAGGCCCCAUCGGUUUGUUCAAAGGAGCAUUGCCCAGGUUCUUCUGGAUUGCCCCCUUGGGUGCCAUGAACUUUGCAGGCUAUGAACUAGCAAGGAAAGCAAUGGACAAAAAUGAGGAGCUAGCAGCAGCAGCAGCAGCAGCAGCUGCUGACCAAUUGUCUCAAAAGAAAGCAGCAGCUGGUUCUGGUUAAACUUCUCACCCCUUUUUCUGGAUGCCUUCAUAAGGCCGUGGUUUUGACUUGGAGGUAUCUCAUCCACGUUAACCCGCACUCUCUGUGUGAUUGUUCUGGGUUUUCUUUUUGCUCGCACUUUUACAGAAAUCAGUUGCGUAGAUUUUCAUCCGUCGACAUCACUGCCAUUUCCUUCAAGACUUGAUGUUUCCCUCGAUCGAACUUUUCUUAGCUUUUUCAUUUUGUAUGUCGACACUUUGAGUUUCCCUCACUAUGGCAAUUUAGGUAUAAAGAAGGAUAUAUAAACUUAUGCCUUAAUGUAUUUUGCCUGAACAAGUUCAAAGGUGCUCAUUUUUGUACAUUUAUGCCAAGCCAACCAUUUUGUUUUCCAA